GCUGGAGUGGUUUGGUUGGAGGUGAAAGGGGGUUUCGGCUGGAUCAUGACAGCUGUAAUUUACCCUGUACUGGGACAGUCAUGGAAGAUGUCACUGCUGUUGCCCCUAGCUCCUUGAUGCUCUAGCCUCACCCCAAAGACGGUGGUGCUGACCUGGCUGCUGAGUCUCACUUCUUUUUGUGUUCAUUUCCUUUAAUGACAUAGAGUGAGCUUCCCCCCAAGGGGUAGGGAAUGGUUGCAAGGAGGGGGCUGUGCUGUGCAGAGAGAUUUUUGGGGUGUGUGGAGCCAUAUGAGUUUCCUUCAUCCUCCCUUCUGCAAGAAGUUGUCAGUCCCUGGGACUGAAGGCCAGACUUUCAAAAACUCACAUUUAGGGACCCAAGUAAGGGCUGUAUUCUCCACUGCUUUGCACCUUGUUUAAUCACUCGUGCAUAUUCAAAGUGCAUGUAAAACUCUACUGUUUUGCUUUAGUGGAGUUUUUACAGCUAUUUUGCACUGGGGUAAAUGAUUGCAUAAGUUCAAGGCAGUGGAGAAUCAAGUGUUAAAAAAAAACAACAAAAAAAACAAAACUGAUUUGCAGUCAUAUCCAUCACUUGAAAGCUGGAAACACACAUCCUCGAAGUACAGUGAAAUAUUAUGACUUGGAGGGGUUUCUGGAUUAAUGUAAUGGGGGUAAAAAUGGUGGCAUUGCUGGAGGUAUUGAAGUCUGUAUCACCUUUCCCACAGAAUAUGUAAAAACACAGUUACAAUUGGAUGAAAGAGCAAAUCCCCCUCGUUAUAGAAGCAUUGGUCACUGUGUGAGGCUAACCAUUCAGGAGCAUGGUGUCAAGGGUCUGUACAGGGGCCUAAGUUCUUUGUUGUAUGGCUCUAUUCCAAAAUCUGCUGUCAGAUUUGGAAUGUUUGAGUUCCUCAGCAAUAUUGCAAAGGAUUCAAAUGGGAAAUUAGACAACAAAAGGAGUUUACUUUGUGGCCUUGGAGCUGGUGUUGCAGAAGCUGUCCUAGUAGUCUGUCCAAUGGAAACUGUAAAGGUGAAGUUCAUUCAUGAUCAGUCCUCUUUAAAUCCAAAGUACAGAGGGUUUUUCCAAGGUGUCCGGGAGAUUGUUCGGGAACAAGGCUUACGUGGAACAUAUCAGGGGCUGACAGCAACUGUCCUCAAACAAGGUUCAAACCAGGCUAUCCGUUUCUUUGUGAUGACUUCCCUUCGCAAUUGGUAUCUAGGUGAUAAUCCCCACAGAAAGGUGAAUCCAUUUAUUACAGCUGCAUUUGGUGCUACUGCAGGUGCAGCCAGUGUCUUUGGCAAUACUCCAUUAGAUGUCAUCAAAACCAGGAUGCAGGGCCUGGAAGCCCAUAAAUAUAAAAAUACACUAGAUUGUGCCUAUCAGAUCCUCAAAAAGGAGGGCUCAUUAGCAUUUUACAAAGGAACAGUUCCCCGUCUUGGCCGAGUCUGUUUGGAUGUAGCAAUUGUGUUUGUUAUUUAUGAAGAAGUGGUCAAUGUUCUCAACAAGGUCUGGAAAACUGCCUGAUGCUGCUCGUAUAAGUCUAACGAGGACAGUUUGGAUAGCUGGCUAGCCAAGUCCAAUGAGUGCAGAUCUAAAUUGAACUUACUGCCUAUGGGUUAUUAUCAAAGGUGUUUGAAAUGCAAAAACUAUCACUCCAUCCUCAUUCUUUAAAGUGACAAAACUGUAAUCCAAACAUUACACUACUUCAAAGUUUAUAAGUUGUAUGGUGUAGAGAAAAGGUUAGUAGGGCAGUAUUACUAACUGCAUACAUGCUGGCUCCUAACACAGCUGAAAUUGAUGAUCUUGGUAGGCAGAAAACCAAUUAAAGUAAAAACACUUGGCUGGAUUCUGCUGUUUACAUGAGUGUAUCUCUGGAUUAAUUUUAUUGACCAUUAAACUCCAAAGAGGGCCCAUCUAAACACAAAGCUGUGUCAAACAACUGAAAGUGUUUUUUGGUUUGGUUUUAAAUGGAUUUUAGUUACUGUUAACUCCUGUAUGGACACUCUCUCUCAUUUUAAUUUAAACCUGGCUUAUGUGGAUAGAUUUUUAUCCUGACGCAUAAACUAGCUUUAAAAGUGCACUGGUUCCAAAACAGAUUUAGGUAAUCUGAUUUUUAAACAUGUGCAACUUGUAGACAAGGCUUGAGUGCCUUCAAUAGAGUUACUGUUUACUUACACUGGUAUAAUUGAGAGCAGAGUCUGCCACACUGUUCUUGAAAGAUCACAUAUGCUGAAAAAUUGGAGAAGGGAGCAAACUUUCCAUGCUGGCUGACAGCAUCUGUCAGGCUGAAUAGCAACUGUGUAAAUAGGGGUGUUUUUACUUUUUUGAGUUUGAUUUCUGGGCCGGGAGAAAGCUGCCUUUUGGGCUUCCGCUGUGGAGCGAAUGCUGGACCAGCUUUCUGAUCUGAGGCACUAGAAGCGGCAAGGAAUGCUUGGGACCAGAUCACUGGUAUAUAAUAGGGAUGUAAAUAUCAGUUUAAAAAGUUAACCGGUUAAAUGAUUAAAAUUAUAUUGUUUGGUUAACCGAGGUCACUCCAGGGACAGGGGGCCUACUGGCCGGGGCUGGCGUCGUGCUGGGGUUAACGGUUAAGGUCCAGUUAACGGUCAGCCUAAUGCUUACCGGCUAAUUGUUUAACCUUUAACAUCCCUACUAUAUAAGGGCCCAGUCCUGCUAUAUUUACUUAAGUAAAGCUCAUGUUGAAUUCAGUGAGUCUUACUUGAGUAAGGACUGUAGGUCUAGCACUAUUCUAAAAUUGCAGAAUAAAGUUUCCAAAACUUCUGCAGUGUUUCAUGCUCUGUCUGUAUUCUGGUAACUUUACUUGGCCAUUGCAGUCUUACUGGAGAUCUGGCCCCAGAUUUCACUAGCCCCUGCUUCCAUCUUCUUGAGGGACAUCACUGAAAGUUGCUCUGAUGUUCUGUCUGGAAUAGGAACUCGGGGAGUUGCAUCUUCAAGGGUUAGAUAAUGCCCUAAAACAUAUUUUGUAGUCUUGUAUUUAUGAACAGAUAAGUAUGUUGGUUCUUAAUAUAUGCUUUAGUAAUCAGCCUGCCAAACUGGAACACUGAGCAUGGCAAAUGGGGUUUUUGUCCCUGAAAGAGAGAAUAAACUUAAGACGUUAUAACAAUUGUUCUUCAAAAAUGAUUCCAGUUGACCUCUUUAUUUUGGUGUUGCAUUAAUCAUUAAUGCAUUUGAAGACACUUCAUUUAAUCUGUGUGCAUGAAUCCUUCGGGAAAUGGGGGUAGGGAAAAUAGUUCUCUCUUACGCUAGUGUAAAUUCAGAGUUGUUUCAAGGGUUACACCAGUGAAUCUGAAGAUAAUUUUGGGCCCGAGGUGCAUAUAGUUUAAAAAAGACCAGCAUUAAAAAAAGUUAUUGACAUUUUAUCUACGUUGAUUUGGUCCUUUCAUCUAGCAUACUGUAUCCUAUAGCAUAGACUUGCUAUGGCAUUUAGACUUGGGCAAGUCAGAAAAUGUCAAACUAGAGCUAAGCUCAUGGCAAUUUAGGCAAAGGAUCAUGUCAAAGCAAAGGUACUGUCCUGUCUCCUAUUAUCCCUGUAGUAUCUGAACACCCCUUCCUCUUGUGGUUCUCACCAUUAGCAUUUGGUUGGAUUUGUCACCAAGUACAAGAGAUAGGAAGCUUCUACAACAAAGUUUCCAUUACUGUAUAGGAAACUUGUGCCAGUCCACUUUCACUUGCCCUCAGCAAGCACUGGCCAACAGAGUAGUGCAUGUUUCUCUAUGAAUUGGCCAUUUACAGUCUAUAUUAAAGUAUUUCUGUAAUCUGCAAUUUACAGAUAAUUUGCUGCUGGGUUUUGGUGAAUACAAAGCACAUACAGAGCAUAUUAGGAACCCCUUUAGAAUUGGGACCCAUGUUACAACCUGUAACAGGUGUUGCUUUUAACUGGUCAUCAAGGAAUACUGUAUUUAACACGUCUGCUGAAUUAUUGGAAUUUUAAGACGCUCCACUCUAAAGCCAUAUGCUUUACUUCAUAACUGCCAUAACAUGGCUCCUUUACAUAGUCACUGUUACCUCCAGAAUAGGCAGGGCUUCCAACUUCAUAACUUAAAGAAUAGUUUAUUGCCAAAGUCAUUACGUCGUUACUGUCUCAAUCAACAACAAGGCUGUCCCCGUGCACUAUUGACUGGAGUUUCCACGUUGAUCAAAAUUGUGUCCACUAAAAUAACUAGUUGCCAAAACUUGAUCCCCAGUGACCCAUCUGUCUGAACUGUGCCAUCAAAGGGACAUCAGGUGAGCUCUCUUGGCCAGCUGUUCCGUUUCUACAGCUCUACCUUCAACCUUAGAUCUGCCAUUUAUAGCUGCAUCAGCCCCUUCAACUCUGAUGUAGAUAACCAGUUCAAAGCCUUUGUAAAUGUUGUCUAUUGCCACAGAGCCUAAGUAUGAUUCAUUGCUAAAAAUGGCUUUAGUGGCCAUUUAGUUUCAGAGCUCAGCUGAGGAGGAAGCAAUGCCUAAGGUGACAAACUACAGUGACUUAAAUAGUUAUAACAGUGCCUAUGUGAAAGGAGUUGGCUCUGGCCUAUCAAAUAGAAAUAGCAAUAAGACUAAAUACUAGGACAUUAAGCUUAAACAGGAGAGGAGAGCUGAGGAAGUGACAGGAAAGCAUCAAGCCUGAUCAUGAAGUUUACAUGUUGUUGAGAGGGUUGACUUUUAUAAAUUCAGCUAUGUUAAGUUGUAUGUGGGUUUGGGCACUAGUGUUUUUAGCUUUGUUCAUUUAGCCAUACUGGCUCAUUAGCCACCUAUUUUGUAAUCCCGAAUCGGCUGGACCAGAGAUAGAUAACACGUUAUCUUCAGUUGUGGCAAAACCAGAAUGACUGUGUUCACCUACAAGACAGCAUCUUUACAAAGCUACCACAUUGGAAAGUAAAAAUACUGUACAGAGUUAUGCUUAUUUGUACUUAUAUUGGUCCAGUCAGUAGUACAUGGACUUGCUAGUUGGUCUGGUCAGUAGUACAUGGAAUUACUAGAAGGUCUCUAAUUUUAUCCAUUACUGGGCACUAAAACCCGGAAAUGCUAUACUGAUCAAGGCUUCAAGGAAGCCACUUUCUAAUGUUUGUGCCUUUUUCAGUGUUUCUUUAACACUUCUAACUUGUUUGCUACAUUUAUUUUUAAUGUUAAAUAAUUGUUUACAAGUUCAAUCUUUUGUCUCUUUCAAAAAGAAUUAAAAAAUCUAAAUAUG